AUGGAGGCAGGCGUCUAUGCCGGAUCUGCAGAUGUCGCUCCAGCUCCUACCACGUUCUCCUCACUUCCGGCAGAGGUAAUCUCUCUAAUCGUCCGUCUCAUCUACCUCGAGUCCAUCCCCCGUUCUUACCACCGCAACCUCGACUUGCACGGCCUUCCUUCGACGUACUCCGAUGGCCGACGAGUCUCUUCGCCUCAUUCGGCCGUACAAGCCACGCUCUGGGCGCUGUGUCUCACCAAUCGCACCCUCUUUGCUCAUGCGCGGCCACUGCUCUACAGGCGCAUCAAUGUGACUUUGCCAUACUCCUUUAUCCUUCUGAUCAGGACACUGGGUGCUGCCGCUCUGGCCAAAGCAUACGAGCAAUUCCAGCUGACUGGAAAGCUCAACCAGGACCCCGAUGACCCGCACAGCUUCACCAGCAUAGUCGCAGCAGCUGGCUUUGCUCGAGUCCUAGGCACCAGCCUCAAGAUUACUCGGGGGCCGAAUCAGGAACGACAAGAUGUCAGGCGCGUCGGCCUUCCCGGGCAUAGUGAUGGAGCCGAGGAAGACGAGCUCAAUCUUGUUUGGAAACCAGGUCCUGUCGGCGACGGAGACGCUCCUACUACCCAAUGGACGGUGUCUUUGCAUCCUCUGGGAGCAGAUGCUGACUCCCUGCAAAAGUGUCUGCGGGUGGUAGACUUCUCCUACUUCCGAGCGCACGGCCUCAGGCGGACAGUAGGCGAAAAUCUGGAUCACCGAUUCGUCACCUCCUCACGCCUCUUAGCGCUCCUCACUGCCGCUCCCGACCUUGCAUCCUUCGGUGCCUCUCACACCAUGGACUCUGCGCUGAGCGUCGAAGUGCUCGAAGCUCUCCUCUUCCGUGGCGGCAAGACACGCAGACCUGCCAGACUCAGGGGCGUAUCGUUGGAAAAGCGCAAGUCUGGUGAACAGUUGGCCCUCUCUGCCAUCGAUUUCACCGAUUGCGUUUCACCAGUCUUCAAAGAAGCUGCGCAGGAGUUCGUUGUCCGCCAUCUCAAUGGGUUCGGUGCUGGUAGGCGGACCGGGACGGACGAAUUCUCUUCCGAGGCAGGUGGUGAAGGCACCGAUGAAGAGGACCUGCGGGGUAGAAGAGGUCGCGGACUGGGUCCAGCUCUCUCCAUAACCACGGGAAGUAGUUCUGGCAGCCGAAGUGCGACCCGGAGCAUCUCCCGGCAUCAGGUCCCGCGCGUGGCCCAGGCAACGAGGUUUCCUUCCAUCCAGAGAUUGAGCUUGUCUGGGAUCAGCUGGCCGCUCAGUCUACUUGCUCCCCUCGUGGAGUCGUUCCCGAACUUGACUCACCUCGAUCUCAGUCGCACCAAAGUGGACGCCAAUCUUCUGGACUGUCUAGCUGCCUCGCCUACGAUACAGCUUCAGAGUCUCGCUCUGGCGGGCUGCCGUCAGCUCACCUCGACUGCGAUCACUGAUCUCCUGGUCGAUAGCUCAGCAACGACCCAUCUCGUUGAGCUGUCUCUGGAAGGCUCACUACUGGCUCCAACCCCUCUGACUGCAAGUGAUUUGCAAAUUAUCAUCACCUCUGCUCCUGCCUUUGCGUCAGGUUGCUUGCGCUACUUGGACAUUGGAGGAUGUGGCAUGGAUGACGAGCUGUUGAAACAGAUGCCUCCUCAACCUUGCCUCCUCGAUCUUGGGCUCGGAGCAAGCAGUGGACUGACGCUGUCCGGUGUUGCCCAAUUCCUCAUCGAGAAGGCUCCGAAUGUCCAGGUCAUGGAGCUGACGGACAGCUGUUACUGGCCCAUUCGAGGCGAAGCUGGCGUUAGCGCUCUAGAUCUCUCGACACACUUGAUUACUCCAUGCUGUACCACGCCGCCUCUUCCCCUAAGCAUGCAAUUAGAAGCGAUGGGCUUCAGAUCGCCCGGCUCGGCUUCCACUGGUCCACCACCUGUCAUCGCUUCUAGGGAGCCGACGAAUUUGCGCGUGAUCGGACUCAACGGUCCAUCACUCCGCUCGAUCAGGGAUGGCAUUGGUAGCUGGAAAGUCAUCUGGGGGGCGGGUAAGAGGGGCUGGGUCGUUGAUACCUCGGCAGGGCCUGACCCGGAGGCCAAGGAUGAAUCGAUUGGAGAGCCGGGUGAAGAGCAAGCUUCCUCGCAUCUGCUCCAGGUCGCUGACAGUCGAGGAGGGGGUAGGAGCCUCUCAUCACAACGAAAGGGGAGCUCUUCGAGAAGCAGAUCACGGCAUCGUAGACUCGGCUACGAGCCAGAAACGCCUCCGACGCUGAGUAGGUCUGGUAGCUAUGGCCCACGCAAGAGCUUGGUGGGCAGCCCCGCAGGUAGCGGGCCCAGCAGUCGCUCGCCUUCCCAUGGAAGAUAUGAUGCGAGCAGCAUAUCUGCUGGCAGUGCAUCUCUGGAACCUCGGUCAGAGGUCGUGCGCCAUCUUCCCGAAACUCAUCCACGGAGCGUGGCUCUGCAGGCCCUUUCGCAGAAGCAGGGCCAGGUGCCCAGCGAGGUGGGCUGGCACAGUAGGAAGAUGGAAGUGCUGCUAGGAUUCGGGCUCAUGGGGCGAGAAAGAGGGGUGUACGCUUGGAGGGGAUAUUGUGCCAGAGACUGA